CCUCGACCACUCCGACCAUCUUCUCUCUCACCUCGACCACUCCGACCAUCUUCUCUCUCUCAUCUCGACCACUCCGACCAUCUUCUCUCUCACCUCGACCACUCCGACCAUCUUCUCUCUCACCUCGGCCACUCCGACCAUCUUCUCUCUCUCACCUCGACCACUCCGGCAUCGUCUCUCUCUCACCUCGACCACUCCGGCAUCGUCUCGCCGAGACACCUCGGGCCAGGUGAGGACCCCAGCACGCGAGGACCCAGGGCAACAAGUCGCCCUGGUGACUGUGACUCGCCUCAAGCCUGUCACCCGCUACAAGUCGCCCUGGUGACUCGCCUCAAGCCUGUCACCCGCAACAAGUCGCCCUGGUGACUGUGACUCGCCUCAACCCUGUCACCCGCAACAAGUCGCUCUGGUGACUCGCCUCAAGCCUGUCACCCGCAACAAGUCGCCCUGGUGACUGUGACUCGCCUCAAGCCUGUCACCCGCAACAAGUCGCCCUGGUGACUGUGACUCGCCUCAACCCUGUCACCCGCAACAAGUCGCUCUGGUGACUCGCCUCAAGCCUGUCACCCGCAACAAGUCGCCCUGGUGACUGUGACUCGCCUCAACCCUGUCACCCGCAACAAGUCGCUCUGGUGACUCGCCUCAAGCCUGUCACCCGCAACAAGUCGCCCUGGUGACUGUGACUCGCCUCAAGCCUGUCACCCGCAACAAGUCGCCCUGGUGACUGUGACUCGCCUCAAGCCUGUCACCCGCAACAAGUCGUCCUGGUGACUGUGACUCGCCUCAAGCGUGUCACCCGCAACAAGUCGCCCUGGUGACUCGCCUCAAGCCUGUCACCCGCAACAAGUCGCCCUGGUGACUGUGACUCGCCUCAACCCUGUCACCCGCAACAAGUCGUCCUGGUGACUGUGACUCGCCUCAACUCUGUCGCCUGAACCCGCAACAAGUCGCCCUGAUAUUGAGCUCGCCACGACACCGCCCGCCAUGGCCUCGAGGUUGAAGCAGCUGGGCGAGGAGUUGACGUGCGUCGUGUGCAUGGAGGAGUUCGCGGAACCCGUCACGCUCGGCUGCGGCCACAACUUCUGCCAGGGCUGCAUCGAGCGCUGCUGGGAGGCCGAGGAGGGCGCCGGCGCGCCGCCGUCGUGCCCGCAGUGCCGCCGACGUUUCGCGGCGCGUCCCUUGCUGCAGAAGAACACCGUGCUCGCCAACGUGGUGAAGCAGCUGUCGCUGCGGGAUUGCCUCGAUGACGAACCCCUGCCAAUGUUGCACCACAACCAGCAGCAGCAGAAACCGCAGCAGCAGCAGCAAUGCGCCCUGUGCCUUCCGCAAAUGCGCGCGGCCGUGAAGUCGUGCUUCACCUGCGACCUCUCCUUCUGCGCCGAGCACUCGCUGCCCCACUCGACGGCCGCCUACGGCCACCACAAGGUGGUGGAGCCCGCCGUGAACGUGGCGGCGAGGAAGUGCUCCGAGCACGGCGAGAGGCUGCGCUACGUGUGCCGCGAGGACGGCGCCCUCGUCUGCGUCGACUGCACCACGGUGGGCGCGCACAGGAACCACGCGGCGGUGAGGGUGGAGCGGGAGGACCCCGUGCUCAAGAAAGCUCUUAUGGACAAGCUGAACGCUUUGCAGCGUAAAAUGAAAGCAGUAAGGGACAACAAGCUGGAAUUUUCGGCCAGAGACCGUGACAUGAAGACUGCUUUCACGGCCCACGCGAGCAAGGUGGAAGGGAGGCAGAAGGACAUGAAGGCUUUCCUCGAGGGAGAGGUGAAUGCUGCAAAGCAGGCGCUGAGCGGCGAGCAAGCCAAGGCGCUGCAGAAGACCAAGCAGGACGCCGACCGCUUGGACGCACGCCUCGCCGAGAUCCAGGCGCUGGAGGCUGCCGCGCGCCAGCUGCUGCAGACGACGGACAGCUUGUCGUUCGUGCAGGAAUAUCCAAUACAUUCUGAAAGGAUUGACGCGGCGCUGGCGCAGAUCCCAGACAAGGUGGAGCCUCCUGCCCUGGACGAGCACGGCAUCACGGAGCACUUGGCGUGGCUGGACAGCGUUUUCACGCAGAUAGACAAGAUGCAAAAGACGAGAAAUCUCUACCCAUGGAGGAUGUUCAACAAGCGCAAUCUGGUGAUGGACAUCAGCACGGCGCAUCCCAACCUGCUGAUUUCCAAAGACUGCCACAUGGCAACGUACUCGGAGGAAGCGCAGGACUACCCGGACAACGCCCAGCGGUUCGAGUGCGUCCUCCAGGUGCUCUGCACGGAGAGCUUCUCGUCGGGCCAGCACUACUGGGAGGUGUACGUGAAGUGUGGCACUCAGUGGGAGGUGGGCGUCGCCUACGGCUCCAUCGGCAGGAAGCGGCACAACGAGAGGAACGUGCUGGGUAACAAUUCCGUGUCCUGGUGCUUCUCGCUGGCCAACGGCGAGUUUUCCGGCUGGCACAACGGCAACAAAGCGGUCGUGGACGUUCGCCAGCCGCUCGAGGUUCUGGGUGUGCACCUCGACUACGAGGCCGGCACGGUCACGUUUUAUAAUGCGCAGUCGAUGGCGCUGCUCCACUCGUUCACGGGCAGCUUCGCGCAGCCCCUGUACCCCGCCUUCGGCGUCUACCCUGCCUCGUCGCUUGCCCUCUGUGAUUUUGGGCUCCUCUUCUAAAAGUCACGAGGAUGAUAAAAACAUUUUUUGUAACGGUCGCUCUCAACAGCUGCACGGCGGGGCAGACCUCGCUUAGCGCUCUGCACCCGCUUUCCUGGAGGAGGGAGCACUCGUCGACUCGGUGCUAAAAGCAGGGGGCCCUCGAACCGUUAUGCGUACGGGGGGGGGGGGAACGCGUUCCCGACACACCGGUGUUAUUUCUUUCGUAUGAGCAAUAUAUAUAUACACGAGGGGCUUCAUUGGUCUAUCGGUAACAUCUCUAAUAAUAAUGUAGACGAUAAAUGUUAUUUCGUGAAAAUAAUAUUAAAACAUCAUCCAUGAAGUAUUAUAUACUGUACUCAAGACUGCAUUCCAGUAUACUACUACAUGGCGGUGGUGGGGGAAGUCAAAGCGCUCCCAAUCUGGGUCAUUCUCAGAGAAGUGCUCCAGGAGACCUCCGCGGUCUUAGCGAUCCCCUCGGUCUAAAUUAGGGGUCACCAAACUACGGCCCGCAGGCCGGAUCCGGCCCGCAAUGUCAGUCCAUCAGGCCCGCCGACGGUACUUGAAUUUGGUUGAUAAAACGUAUGGAACACGAGAUGUUGUGAUACAAUUUAAAUUUAAAUAUGUUUAGAAUACUAGGAGAUGUUCA